CUCACAGUAUAUAAAGGGAAUCUGUCUCCCUCUGCCUCUGCUUCACUACCUGCAUGUGAUGAGCGACUGAAGGCUGCAACUGGAAUACCACAAUGAUGCGUGCAGCCCUGGUUAUCUGGAUCCUAUCAGCAGUGAGCUGUGUGGGAAGAGGCCAUCACCACGAAGGUCAUGAAGCCACAGUGCAGGACACUGCACUUGAAAACAACGUCUCACUGGUGAUUUCAGAAAACAAAGACUUUGCCUUCCGUCUGUACAAGCAGUUAGCGGCUCUUCCUGAUAAUGAAGGCAAGAAUAUCUUCUUCUCCCCAGCUAGUGUGUCUCUUGCCUUGGCUGCCUUGUCCGUAGGAGCCAAGGGGCGGACCCAUGAGCAGCUUUUCAAGGGUCUGGGUUACAACAACUCCCUCCUGACGCAGGCAGAUGUAAAUCAGGCUUUUAAGAUUCUCCUUGAUAAGGCAAACAACACACUAAGUGAAGACGUCAGUGAAGGGACCGCUGUAUUCAUGGACGGCCGCUUCAAGCCUGAACCCGAGUUCCUGGAGACCUUGAGGCAGUCCUACUUUGCAGAUGGGUUUACUGUUGACUUCACCAAAACCAAAGACAGUGCUGACACCAUCAACAAGUAUGUCGAGGACAAGACCAACGGAAAGAUUGACAAGCUGGUUGAAGACAUGGAUCCCAACACAGUCAUGUACCUCAUCAGCUAUAUUUACUACAAAGGAAAGUGGGCGAUGCCGUUCAAACCUCAUCGUACCAGAGAGGAAGAGUUCACAGUGGAUGAGAAUACAAAGGUUCCAGUCCAGAUGAUGAAUAUGGAGAAGCUUCUGGAUACCUACUAUGACCAGGCAAUCAACACAUCAGUGCUCCACCUUCCCUUCAACAACUCAUACUCCAUGCUGCUGAUGUUGCCUGAUGAUAUGGCAACACUAGAGAACGCCAUUUGCCCAGGCCAUGUCACUAAAUGGCUCAAAUGGAUGCGGGACAGGAUGUACGACAUCUAUAUUCCAAAGUUCUCCAUCAAGUCCUCCUACUCACUGAAAGAUGUGUUGAGUGAAAUGGGAAUGAGUGACAUGUUUGGAGAUCUUGCAGAUCUGAGUGGCAUCUCAGAGGGACAAAAACUGGCAGUCUCAGAGGUUGUGCACCAAGCCACCCUGGAUGUUGAUGAGGCAGGAGCCACAGCUGCAGCAGCCACAGGCGUCGGCAUCACACUUAUGUCCUUCCGCCAUGUCCCUGUCUUGAGGUUUAAUCGACCGUUUAUGGUGGUCAUCAUUGAACGCAGUACAGAAAACAUCCUUUUCAUGGGAAAGAUUAAUAACCCAAACAUCUGAUGGAAUAAAAACCUUAUUGUAGAUGCUGCAACAUAAAAAAUAAACCACUCAGAGAAGCUU